AAGGGAGAGGAAGGAAGCCGCAUCACGGGGGCGGUCACAUCCAAGGUUCCCGCGGUGGAAGUCACCGGCGACGAGAUGCUCGUCGACGCCCGCGGCGAGAUGCUUGGCGGCGCCCCUCCAGAGUCCUCGCUCCCCACUGAUGAGUGUCUGAUGGAUGCCCGCAAGCAGACUGAAGACGAGAUCGGAAGUAAAACCGAGGCCUCCUUGAAAGAAGGGUUAGGUCAACAGCUUAAAACUGAUCAUAUGAAGAAGAGUAGAUAUUUAACAAGAGAUUGCUUGAACAGUGUGCCAUACCCAGGUACAGAUAUUGAAGAUGAAGAAGGGAAGCCUGGGAAUGAUAGGAAUGAAGAAGGGAGACAUCAGUGUGUGGAAGAUACUGAUUUAGAUGAGAGAGGCUAUGAUGUCGAGAUCACCGACACUGAAGCAUCAGACGAUUUGCUGUAUGAAGAAGUUCUGACGGUGCUGACUAAAAGUGCUCAAAGGAAAGAACAUCGGAAAGCUAUUUUGGAACGAAAAAAGAAGAGAGCAAGGAUUGACCCAAACACAAUCAAAGCCACAAUUGAUGAAUUGCGACCAAAGCUUACAGCCGGUGUAGCGCGCCAUACUUCUCCGAGAUUGUCAGUUUCAUGUGUAAGAGCCACCACAGGGUCCAGCUUGUUAGGAACAGCGGUUUCGGAUAUCUGUUGGAGCUGGUUGACUGUCCUGUACCCAGGGGGUUUGUGCAGUGGAUCGCUGACAGUGUUGACACAAAAGCAGAAGCAAUUGUUUUCAACAAGAAGAGCAUUCCACUGAAUGCUCAGUCAGUGGAGUUUGUGUUGGGGAUUCCUUCAGGGGAAACAAUCAUAAACACUAAAGAAGAAGAGGCUGGCAAACAAGCUUUUCUUGCACUUUUUGGGUUGACAGAAGUCCCAACAAUCAAAUUCUUUGGCAAUAAGCUGAUGAACGAAGAAAUGUCUGACGACCAGAUCAUCCGUUGUUUCCUGGUUGUGGCAUUAUCAACAUUCCUCUGCCCGACAGCAAACACUAAACCAAGCACCAAAUAUAUGGGAGCUCUAGUUAAUGUGGAGCAACUCAAGCAACUAAAUUGGUGCAGGUUUGUUCAUGAUUGGGAGUUGAUGUAUAUAAAGAAAUACCAAAAGGAAAAGCUGAAGCAGAACCGAACAAUGAUGACUCUAGGAGGAUGUCCGUUGCCUUGAUUUUACUGAUUUUGGCUCAAUUCAAAUCCCAUCUUUGAUGCCCAGGAUAUGUGUUUGGAAGGGAGAUAUGGUCAAGCAUUUAAGUGACAUGACCAUUGGAAGAGAUGGAAAGUAUGGAUGUCUGACAAUAAAAGAAGUAUCAGAAACCUGCUAUAAGGAUGGAACUUUUGAGUGGGCAAGUACGAUUAAGAAUUCAAAUUUCAGGAAAGCGAUAAACAAUGUUGCAGGGAAUUCUUUGUCUGACAAGGU